AUGGAAGAACGAACACGAGAAACUAUUUGGUACACUCAGCGUCUGUCGCCCCUCAAAAUUUACGGAAACGUGGCUACUAUGUUGAUUGUUGAUGGCGUCCAUGUCAGAAGCCUUGCGGCCGUCGGUCCGACUCUCGAUCACCGUGGGACCAAGAGUAUGAUCUUCCUGUCUGCCGUUUGUGACGGAAACCUGACCAAAAUUCACAGUUUGUGA